UAUCAUUCAAAUCCGUGCGGAGAAUCCUCUUCUCAGCUGCCCAGGCUCGAGUAGUGCAUUGAGUUCUUCUGAGCGAACGCCUCGCUUAGGCCCUAGAGAGCGACGGGCUGCCUCCAACUACGGUGCCAACUCGAUAGUCACCCACGAUGGCAUUCUUCGCGCCAAAAACUCGAUUGCAUCCUCUUCUGGAUCAUGGCAAUUGGACGAAAUGAUCUGCGCAAUCCCCGUCUAGUGAAGGAAUGAGACGUUGUCAGACAAGGAUGCAGGGCCAAACAGGGUUAUGCAGCUCCAGACGCAAACUAUGACAUCACCUCCUGCGGCCGUCACUCCCAACCUCCUGACCAGCCUUUAAAACCGGCACGGCCACAUCUCCUGCGAGCUAUCCUUCAGCUCUCGCAUAGCCUUUUUGGUUCCAGGCUUCACUUUUCGGCCUUGUGUAGUAUAGUCUGCUUCGAGUCUUCUUUCCCCGUUUUUCCACGAUAUACCCUUUACGAUUCCCCUUGGACAUCCACCAAGCUACAUAAUAUUACAUCAUGGCCGCACCCCAAGAGAAGCCGCUCAAUGAGCUCCUCUCCCGUUCAAUGGUUGACCUCUACGUCGGCCCAGAGAACACGCACUGGAUCCUCCACGAGAAGCUCCUCUGCUACCACUCUCCCUUCUUCCGCAACAUCUUCUACAAGAAAGGCUCCACCACCAGCUCUUACGGUCUUCCCGAGGAAGAGGACGUCACAUUCAAGACCUUCGUCGGCUGGCUCUACAGCACUUCCCUCCCCGUGCCCCGCGAGGAAGCCGAUCUCUCAGUCCUCUUCGACCUCUACCUGCUAUCCGAGAAGCUCCAAAUCCCAGCCUUGGUCUCCGACGUGCUCCAGGUUGUCCGCGAGUGGUACAAGUACUCCGACACAUACCCUGGCCUCAGGAGAGUGCAAUACAUCUACGCCAACACGGAAGAUGGCAGCCCCAUGCGCCACAUGCUCGUGCACAGCGUAGCACGCUUGAUGGUGCUGGAGAAGGGCAUCCCGCCGCACUGGGACAAGGCGCUCCGCAAGAACGGACAGCUGGCUGUCGACAUCAUCAAGGCGAUCCAGGACUGGCGUCUCAGCGAAGAGGUUGUGCCCGACUCCCGCGACGACCCCGCCGAGGCCGAGGACCUCAUCGACGUGGACGAGGAGCUCGCCAACGCCGACUCGCAGGCUGAAGGCGAGGCCGAGGCUGAAGCGGAUGUCGAGGAUGAGGCGGAUGAGCCCGAAGCCGAGUUGUCUGAGGAUAACACUGUUGUUGACUCGCCGGUGCAGAAGCAGCACUCUGUCUCUUUGAAGGAUACGCAGAGCAAGGGUGACGCUUUGGCAAAGGACUUCAAGAACAUCAGCCUGCAGGCUGUGCCUAACGGCAUCUCCAACGGCGACUACGGCACGCUCCAGCAUUAA